AUGAUCUGCAAUAGUGCUCCAUCUCUGAGCGAAAAGCAAAAGCAGCGUCCUAAAAUGGUCGGGGGCUACGAUCCAGUAAUGCUCCCGCUGCCGUUUUUCUUCUUUACCGCUUCAACUAUAGGGAUCAUUGGAAAUUCCAUUAUGAUUCAUAGCAACGUACAAAGCAAAGCGAAUGAAAUCUCCAUGCCAUAUAAUGAUUGCAUUGACGUGUGCGGCAGAUCUGGUCCAUGA